AUGAUACACUGCCAGUUCAAAGAUUUGAGUGAUAUCAGCUGGAGUGAUGGACUAACAGUGCGAUCAUUAUCUCUCCGAAAUUUGUCUGUUCGAGGUUAUUCUAUCCACAAUUUUCACUUAGAUCCUAUCUUCGAAUACACGCCUCAUCUCCAACGUUUUGCAAUGAAUUUUGAUCCAUACUAUUUUCCAUAUCAAGAUUUAUCAUCCGAUGCACUAUCGAUCAAAGCGUUAGACUUGCGGUUGGAUUAUGCAUGCGAUUCAAUGCAAGAUCUUUCAAAAGAUUUGCCAAAUUUAUCUAAAUUAAUAGUUCAUAUGGAUGAAAGUUAUAUAGAUGGACAUGAGUGGAAAUACAGCGUUACCGAUUAUCUACCUAAACUAAAAGUAUUUUGGCUGUGGAUGACUUUUGAUAGCAGUAGUAAGACCGAUACUGAACGAAUAGUUGAUAAACUUCUCGAUACAUUUCGAAUUGACUUUUGGGUUGAAGAACGUAAAUGGUUCGUUCGCUUUGCUGGAUAG